UUUCUUAUAACUUAUAUAUUACAAAACCCUUAUAACCCCAACUCAUAUACUCAUCAAUGGCUUAUUCUAAGAUUGCUCUCCUCCUCAUUUUGAAUGUCAUUUUCUUCACCUUGGUCAGCUCGAAUCCAGUCCCUUACCGCAAACCCACUUGUAAAAAUGCUCUUAAAUUCAAGGUGUGUGCCAAUGUGUUGGAUUUGGUUAAGGUUUCUCUACCAACAAGAUCCAAAUGUUGCGGACUUAUCAAAGGUCUAGUUGAUCUCGAAGCUGCAGUUUGUCUCUGCACCGCCUUAAAAGCUGAUCUCCUUGGCCUCAAACUAAAUGUUCCCAUUUCAUUGAGUGUUAUCUUAAACCACUGUGGUAAGAAGGUUCCAUCUGGUUUCAAAUGUGCCUAGUGGUUGCGCAGUUAUAAAUGAGACUCUAAACCAUUACAUCAAAAGUUCAUUUCUUGUUUUGAGAUUUCUAUUUGUUUCAACCAGUAUCCAUUGUUGUACUUUUUACAUGUUUAAUCAAUAAAAUAAGAAGUUUUGGUUCAACAGAAAUUAAAAUCAAAUGUUGCUUAUUCUUUUUAAUAAUCAUCUGCUCUUAAUUUUCAGCGUUACGUGUUUUUACAGUACCAUACAAUGAACCUUUUAAACUUAACAACGAACUUUGAAAUAGAUGCAACUGUUUGAAUAUUUUACUUAUUAGUUUCUUAUUAGCACGUACUUAAUCAUGCAUGCAAUCAUGGUAUAUAUACUCUGGCACUUGUCGCCACAUACUGAGCAAUUGAAAAAUUAAUAUUAAGAGGAGCAUGAUUGAAUGAGACCCAACCAGCAAAUAAUUAAAUCACCAACACAAGUACAAUGUUUAAAGCAAAAAGGUAUUAUUAGUUGUCCCAUUUACAAAAUUUAAAUAAAGUUAAUAGAAAGACUAAUGCCCUAAAUUAAAAAAAAAAGUAGUGAACAUAAAUGAAUAGCCGAAUGUCCAUCCCGAGCUAAAGAAGAAAACAUUAUUACGAGUAAAAAUCAAUAAAAAUAAUUUUAGAAUAAUCUCGACGAUUUAGUAAUUCAGAAAAUUAAAGCAAAAUUUUUUUAGAUAGGAAUAAAUGGAAUGAUUAGCAAACUAAAAAAAAAUUGAUAAAUUAUUUAAAUAUUAGAA